AUGUUCCCUAGACAAUGUUUCACCGCUAGAGCGAUUGCUCGUAACUUUCAGAAACAAGGAUUUGCAUUUAGUAGAUUCAAAACUACAAGAUCCACACCACCACCACCUCAGCCACCUCGUACCACAUUAAAGGGAAAUACGUUGCUCAUUUUGGGUGCAUUGGUGGUUGGAUCGACCAUUGCUGCAACUUUGUACAACAAGGACGGUCCUAAAUCUGCAUUUGAACCAAAUGGAGCUACAGCGCAAACAAGUUCACCAGAAUUCCCACCAGGAAAGAUCGAUGUUGUGUUUGUCCUUGGAGGGCCAGGUGCCGGAAAAGGAACUCAAUGUGACAUUUUGGUUAAAGAAAGAGGAUUCACUCAUUUGUCUGCUGGCGACUUGUUAAGAGCUGAACAAAUCAGGAAAGGGUCAAAGUAUGGUGAAUUGAUUGCUAAGUGCAUCAAAGAAGGUACCAUUGUACCACAAGAAGUCACAAUUGAGUUGUUAAAGAACGCAAUUAAGCAACAUUAUGAACAAGGACAGACAAAGUUUUUAGUCGAUGGAUUCCCAAGAAAGAUGGACCAAGCAUUAACUUUUGAAAAUACAAUUGCCAAAUCUUCUUUAACCAUUUUCUUUGAAUGUCCCGAGCAAGUUAUGUUGCAGAGAUUAUUAGAGCGGGGAAAGACCAGUGGGAGAGCUGAUGACAAUAUCGAGAGUAUUAGAAAGAGAUUUAAAACAUUCAUUGACACGUCUAUGCCAGUGGUGGAUUACUUUGACAAACAAGGUAAAGUCAUUAAAGUUAGAUGUGACCACCCCGUUCCUGUUGUUGCCAAGCAAGUGUUGGAGGCAUUGAAGGAGAAAGGAAUCCAGUUUUAA